AUGGUGGCAGGAUAUUGCAGCAAGGAAUGCCAAAUGAUGGACUGGAAGACACACAAGAAACAGUGCAAAGACAUGUUAAUCGAACGAGUAGCAGCCGCAGUGACACGGAAUUUUGCGGAGGACCCGGCUGUUCCAAAUGACAUUCCGAGACAAUUCAUUGUAUUGCCACCCGAUCUUACUGGAUAUUCCAAGGAUGUCUUAUUGAUGAUUGCCAUUUGGGAUUUUGAAGAGAUCAUGGCGACCCAUGUGCCUCGGCGUGUCUUUGACACUGUGGUUGGGUGCAUCAAAUUGUUUUUCGAAAAGGUGAAGACACCUGGUUCCUUGGUAUCUGAAGAGGAAAUUGCUGAUAUGUGCACUGAUGGAACCAUGCUGUUCAAGAUUGGUUACCCAGGUGUUCGCCUGGCUAGUCAAAUGGAAAUCAAUUCGGAAGAUGGCAACUUUGCUUUGGAUUUUGCAAGCCAGACCCAAAUCCCCAGAGGUUACCAGCUGGACCCACGAAAGAUGCUUGGUGCCCCAGCUCAUGUCAUCUCUAUGUGGGAAAGUGCCAUGGACGAAUUCCGUCGGGAUAAUGGCGAAAAGGAUUGUGAUAAACCUUUCUGGGAAGAGCGCCCCUGGUAG